AUGGCUGCUCUCUUGCUGAGACAUGUUGGCCGUCAUUGCCUCCGUGCCCAGCUUAGUCCUCAGCUCUGUAUCAAAAAUGCUGUUCCUUUGGGAACCACGGCCAAAGAAGAAAUGGAGCGGUUCUGGAAUAAGAACAUGGGUUCAAACCGUCCAUUGUCUCCCCACAUCACUAUUUACAGUUGGUCUCUUCCCAUGGCGAUGUCUAUUUGCCACCGUGGCUCUGGUGUUGCCUUAAGUGCUGAUGUGGGACCUAGGAAAAGGCCUGAAGAUUCCCCAGCUGUACCAGUCUGGAGUAGUUGUCUUGGUUCUCACUGUAUUGUCCUCUCUGAUGACAACAUUGAGCAUAACGUGAAAUUCUUCUGUCAAAUAGACAAGUGA